UUGUUACUGUACCCUACCGGCCUGCAUGUGGACCUUAUAGCAGCAUUGCCGAACAACGUGUCCACAUGAGACGUUUGGAAAAAAAUAAAAACGUACAUACUGGGGCGUCUAUGUGCAUCUUUCCCUUUUGGUGCCGGCCGCCAUUUUAAAUGAUGAUGGAGGGGAAUGACAUGGAGAUAACCCAAGAACAACUCCGGAGUUGGAUUUCGGAGACGGUACAAAAUAUGGGUGUAAACCCCCCAGAUGUGCUGGAGCAAUGUAUUUUUUUGCAGCCUCUUCUGGAAAAGUGGAAGAAACAAGCUGACCGACUCCUGGAACUCAACAAUUCUGUGGGAGCAUAUGAAGCUUUUGUGAAGGAACAGUACGCUUUUCUGGGUUGGAAAUACACAGACACAGAUGAUGAUGAUGAUGAGGAGGAUAUCAUCGAAAUGAGGACGUCAUCGGAAUCGAGUCAUGAUGAGGAGGAUGUCAUCAAAAUGAGGCUGUCAUCGAAAUCAAGUCACCAUGAGGAGGAUGUCAUCAAAAUCAAAUCAUCAAGUAGCGGAGUCUCCCCUCCAUCGCCGUGCGAUUCUGAAAUAGACGUUUGUAGUAGUCAAUCAAGAAGUUGCACUUCUAUACCAAACAGCAACAUAAAUGAUAGUCACAGCCUUGUUAAAGUCGCUUUAACGAGACCAGUGAAGGUUGUCUUGACCAGACUUCCUGAAUGCGAUCUUCAGGCUUUAAUUCGACGAAGACCAGUAGACUGCAGCAGUGACGAUGAGCACUCAAGCCUCAAUGAACCCGAGUUUGAUGACGGAAUAAACGAUUCCGAUUAUUUAGUGGAGCGCUCGUCAAAAAGUGACUCUGAGUUCAACGACAGCAUAAAUGAUUUGAAUUAUUUAGUUCUGCCAUCGUCUAAUAAAAGACAACGUCUCACCGUUAAAUGGCCUGUGAAGAGUCGGGCGAGGAAAACGUCAGAAUCAUCAGUGGACACGCAGAUGAAGGUUGAAAAAAAAAAAUCCCAAUAACAAAGGACACUUUGAGCAACACUAAGAUGGUGGGCAGACAAAAAUCGUAAAGCAAAAUCAAAACAAAGUAAUACUAUGAGCAAAACUAAAAUGGCGGAAACAGAAAAAUCCUCUUGUCUAUCAAAGUCAAAAGAAAAUGACACUGUGAGCAAAAGAAAGGGGCUGGGUACAAAAAUAUCCUUUUGUAAAUCAAAGUCAUCGGAAAAUGACAUUGUGAGCAAAAGUAAGACACUGAAUAAACAGAAAUCCUCAUGUCAACCAAAGUCAACAGAAAGUGACAUAGUGAGCAAUGCUAAGUUGGUGGAAUCGCAAUUAUCCGCUUGGAAAUCAAGCUCAACAGAAAAGGGCGCAGUAAGCAGGACUCAGGAACCCGUCCCAGUCAACAUAAAAGCUGAAGCGGUGUGCAUAAUCACAUCGUGCUGCCAGUCACCAGAGGGAUCCAUGAAGGUGCCCGCUAAAGUGCCCGAAACUAAGAUUGAAGUCAAUAUGAAGGUCUUGGCCAAGAUGAAGAGGAUGUGUUGGCUGCCAGGGAAAGUGGUGGGAAUGGUCAAAAUGGAUGAUAGGCUCAAAUACAAGAUCCAGUUUGACAACGGCAGUAAGUGCGUCAUCUCUUCACACCACAUCGCCUUUUGUGUCACAUCCGACCUGGAGUACUUGUACGUCGGUGUCCGAGUGGUGGUCGGCCGCAGCGAAGAAGACGUUUUCCGGCCAGGCAUUUUGGCAGAGUUGCCGACCAAAAGGAACCAGCAGAGGUUUCUGGUCUUUAUUGAUGAUCAGACACCACUGUACGUCGGACUGCCUCAUCUUCACCUGGUGUGCGCACCUUUGGAUGACCCUACAGAUGACAUAGCCAAUACGUCUCACAGGGAUUUUGUGAAGGAAUAUCUAAGGAUCUGGCCACACCCCCCCCUCACCCAGUGCAAGAACGGACAAAGCCUUAAUGUGGAGCUCAAUGGGGUUCAGCACAACUGCGUGGUCCUGCAGCUCGACUGUAGCCUGAUGCAGGUCCUCUUUGUGGAAAGUCAACGUAAAGAAUGGAUCUACAGGGGCUCGUGGCGCUUGGAAUAUAUAGCCAAAAUAAAAAAACUUGCAAAAGAACUCUUGUUUGUGGACGAUGCAAACGGCAUUUCUUGUGUGAGGUGAAGUUACAAGUUCACAGCCAUCAUAUACAUUUUUUCAUGUUCUACAAGCUUUUCAUCAAUCACUCAUUCCAGAAAUACAUCAAAGGACAAAGCAAACUGAAAGCUAAACUGUUUCAGUCGUACUUUUGUGCAUAUUUUUUUGUUUUAAGAAUAAAAAAAAGUUUUUUUACUUUU